UGCAAAGGUCGGUUGGAAUUGGCGGGAUUAAAUAGCUGGAUCCUUCCAUGAGCACGUGCAGCAAGAGAACCUUCCAGAUGCAAGUGUGCUGCCGCAUUCAGUUCUGAUGCCAUGUAUGCAGGUUCAGGCGUCUUCUGUGCUGCUCCUGAUGUGGAAGAAUCAGAAGAUUCUGGAUAUUGUAACAGUUUGGAUAAAGAAGCUUUGAUUUUGUUCCGAGUUUUUGUUUUCUCUGUCUUUAUUUUGUUGGGUUGUGAUGAGAAUCAUCUCUGGUUGUAAUCGAGGCUAGAAUACACGAGAUCUCUUUUAUUCCGAGAAUUGAGAGCUUUGCACAGCAACUGCUUGGCAAAAGUUCUCCGAGAGAGUUUCUACCUGCUGCUAGUUAUUUUUUGCUGCUUUUUUCCUUGAGCUUGAAAUUUCUAAUAUUGAUGGAUUCGUCGGCCCGUCGAAUGCGUCUGGAUUGGUCGGGCCUUAUACCCGAUCUGUUGGUGAACAUAGCUAAACACAUACCGUUGAUGGAAGAUUUCGUGGCGUUUAGAGGGGUGUGCACUUCGUGGCGAGCUGUCGCUACCAAAGAUGUAAUUGUUCCUUCAAGAGUUCCCCUGCUUAUGUUGGCAGACAAACAAGAGGAAAACAUUGCUGAAUCCGAACGCGAAUUUUACAGCCUAUCGAAAAGAAAGAUUUUUAUGAGACUUUUCCUCCCGGAAACAAAGGUAAAUGUUGUGUGGAUGCAAGGUUCGGAUGGUUGUUAAUGCUGACAGAGUCAGGAGACGCCACUUUGUUGAACCCAUUCUGCCAAGCACAGAUUCAACUCCCCAAUUUCAAAAGAUUUAGUGAGUAUAAUACUAAUAGGAUUUGCCCUGAUUAUACUUAUAUAACGAAAGCAGUAUUGUCAGAUAGUCCAUCUGGGUCGUAUUUACAUUAAUGGUCAUUCAUGGUGGUCGGAGCUUUCUGGGAUUUUGGAAGCCGGGCGAUGCGAACUGGACCAACAUAGAAUCUUAUGAUGGCGCAUUCUGUGACGUCAGUUACCACAACGAAAAGUUUUAUGCUAUAAAUACUCAAGGCCAAGUUUGGGUUUGGGAUGAUAAGCGGCCAGCAAGCCAGCUCAGGGUUGCACACUUUCUGUUUUCCGUGGAUGAACAGUUGGUCAGCUGUAGAAUCCCAUAUUUAGUGGAAAGGGUUGAUGGCUUACUGCUGGUUACACGCCGUGUUAAUAGAGGUUAUGGGAAUUAUAAGACCAAGAAUUUCAAAAUGUGCCAAUUAGAUAUUGCGAAACUCAGCUCAAAGAGGAUUACUAGUUUGGGUGGAGAUGCAAUAUUUGUUGGGGAUAGUGCUGCUAUUUCUGUUCCAGCAACUGAGUUGGAAAGAAGUGGAAUUAUGGGGAACCGUAUAUAUUUCACGGAUGAUAGUUGGGAGGAAUUUUUUGAUGGAGGAAGGACAGGGAGAGGUGGCGGGGAGGAUAUGGGGAUUUAUAAUGUUGAAGAUAGAACUAUUGAAAGCUUCCGUGGCUGUGAUGAAUCCCUUAGCAUCCUCUGCCCGCCCGUAUGGAUUGUUCCAUCUUUCUGAUUCUAGAGUUCGGACGAGUUUCAUGUAAACUUGUGAGAAAAAUUUUACUCUGUUGAGUUCUAGUCUUUUUUAUUAUUAUUUUUUUAAUAAUUUCGUAGCUCUUGCGAAUUUCUAUCGUAAUUUUCUUAUUUUGCUAUAUUUAUGGUCAGGAAAUUCCAUUUCGAGUUGUAUAUAUGUAUCAGGUGGAUUACAUUUUGUUUAUUCAACUAUGAUAUCAUAGUCUGACA